AUGUUCAGCCACUUCUUUAACAAACGUAAACCACAACACGAUCCUAUUACCGUCUUAGAAAAGUUAAACGAGACACUUGAACUGCUUGAGAAAAAGGAGGAUGUGCUUCUUAAGAAAGUGAAUGCAGAAAAGGAAAAGGCCAUAGAAUUCAUUAGAGGAAAGAACAAAAGAGGGGCAGCGCAAUGUGUGAAGAGGAAGAAGAUGUAUGAACAGCAAAUAGAGCAGCUUGGAAAUUUCCAGUUGCGUAUCCACGACCAGAUGAUAAUGCUGGAAGGUGCUACAGUUACCACAGAAACAGUUGCAGCAUUAAGAACUGGAGCAGCUGCCAUGAAGGCUGUGCAAAAAGCAACGAAAAUUGAUGAUGUUGACAAGACCAUGGAUGAGAUCACUCAACAGACUGAGAACAUGAGAAUGAUUCAGGAAGCCUUGUCCUCUCCAAUUGGUGCAGCUUCUGAAUUUGAUGAGGACGAAUUAGAAGCAGAACUUGAAGAACUAGAGGCUUGUGAGUUGGAAGAACAGCUUCUUCAGCCAGCAACUACAGCCCCUGCAGUCUCAGUACAGGCCCCAGCACCAGCAGAAAGGAAACCUACUCGCCCUGUAAUGUCCACUUCAGAGUUAGAUGAACUGACAGCAUUGCAGGCUGAGAUGGCACUUUGA